UCGGGAGGAGGGGGGCGUUUGCGAGGAUGUGCCUCAGCUGAUCAGGUUGCUUCAGCUGUUUUUGAUGGGUAGGAAGGGGGAGGAAGGUAGCCGGGAAGAAGGCUGGAGAAAGGUCGAGCAUGAUCCCGUGUGCCAGAUCCAGCGUGACAGCUGUGGCUAGGGACAGAGGCAGUGGGACAUAUCCCCUGGGACUGGGACCUUGGGGGAUCUGAAGGUCCAGGCUGGAAGUGUCUGGAGAGGGAAGGAUGCGGAAAGAAGGCUGCAUAUAGGGAGCCUGCUUGGAGCGAAUGCUGUCGAGAGUGGAUCCUGAGUAGAGGUCCACCGAGCUCAGCGAGGAGGGCAGUUGGCUUUCUGGGAAGUAGAUAGAGAAAACCAGCCUUGGCGGCCGCUGUUAGUAACAAUUAGAAAGUUGUGCAGGGGGCAGGGCAGCUGCCUUCUCUGCUGAGUAACCAGUGUCUCCACGGUGCGGUGCGGUGUGGACGCCAGACCCCAUCCGAGCCAGCGGAGCAGUUGGCAGCUGCUCUCCUGUGCUGCCAGGAGCGCACUGUGCCCCGGGAAAGGAAACUGGGCGCUUGGAGACAAGAUCAACGAGGAACGGAGACAGUCUCUCUGGGGCCACUAGCUCUGGUCAGCUUACUUGCAGGGAUUUGCUCCCUCAGUUUUUUGGCUGGAGCACUCACUCCCUCCAGCGCCAGGGAGCAAGCUGUUGGGGUGGCGUGGUGUGGGUUCUUGUCCUCAUCUUGACCGGUGGGAACUGUGUGUCCAAGAGGAAGCCCGGUGGGCCUGGCCCCUCUCAGCCCAGCGCCGAUGAGUGCCAGGGCGCCUAAAGAGCUGAGGCUGGCGCUGCCACCUUGUCUCCUCAACCGGACCUUUGCUUCCCACAAUGCCAGUGGAGGCAGCAACGCAGGUGUCCGCAGCUCGGGCGCAGGUGGCGGCACCUGCAUCACGCAGGUGGGACAGCAGCUCUUCCAGUCUUUUUCGUCCACGCUGGUGCUGAUUGUCCUGGUCACUCUCAUCUUCUGCCUCAUCGUGCUGUCCCUCUCCACUUUCCACAUCCAUAAGCGUAGGAUGAAGAAGCGGAAGAUGCAGAGGGCUCAGGAGGAGUACGAGAGAGAUCACUGCAGCGGCAGCCACGGUGGUGGUGGGCUGCCCCGGGCAGGUGUUCAAGCCCCAACCCAGGGAAAAGAAACUCGACUGGAGAGACAGCCCCGGGACUCCGCCUUCAGCACCCCCUCCAAUGCCACCUCUUCCUCCUCUUCAUCCCCUGGUCUCCUGUGCCAGGGUCCCUGUGCACCUCCGCCUCCACCGCCAGCCCCCAGUCCACCCGGAGCACAUGCAGCUUCCUCCUGUUUGGACACAGCUGGCGAGGGCCUUUUGCAAACAGUGGUACUGUCCUGAUUGUGUAGCCUUUUCCUCACCCCUUCCUCAUUUUCAGCAUCUUUGCCAUCCUCGCUUUUGUUCCUCCUUUCUUUCUUUUCCGUUCUCCUGUGGCCCCUCUUUCCUCUGCCCUCUUUCCUUACCUGCCCACCCUUUUACUGUUUCUCCUCCGCCGAGGCACUGUGCGGUAUUUGUAAAUAUUGGGCAAGGAAAGUCUCAGAGGAAGAAAUAACGCUGAUAAUACUUUAUUGAUAUUUAUAGUAAUUACUAUACUAUUAAUAACACAGUCCAAGCGCAUGACAAAUCACAUAAUUUCUCAUUGUCAAUGAUGGCUGCAUCUUCCCUCUCCACUCCGUGUCCCCCUCUCAGUAAGGAGGAGAAACCGCACAAAAGCCACCAAAUAUAUAAAAGACAAUGACACAGGAGCAAAGGGAGGGGAGGGGGCCGGUGGUGUUGUAUAUAGCUGUCAAGUGAAGGUUUAGUAGCCUUUCUGCCCCUCCCCCAUGGGCUUUCACUUUUCCUUUAGCUUCUCUCUCCUCCCAUUUCCUCCCCUUCAGCCGGGCUCAGGCAUUAGUAUAUUAUAAAGGAAUCACUAAGCACCAGAGACCACAGAGAAUGUCCCAGAAAAACGUUUAGGACAGGUAAUCCCUCUCUAGUCAGUCAUGUCUUCACUUUUUGGUUCCCCUGGGCAGAGUUUUCCAGUUUACUUUUAGAAAUAUCUCUCGCUGGCCGAGCGCAAAACAAAACAAAAUUCAUACUAUCUGCUUUUGCCCCCCACGCCAUCCGUAGGGUCCCCCCUUGCACACUUGAUUGGUGGCCUGGCCUUUUUUGGUUUUUCUUGAGCCUCAGAGAGGUCAGGAGCUGUCCAGCCAUGUCUGGUGCUGAAAAUGUCUCGCCCUUAUGGUUUCCUCCUCUGGUUGUGCAGGCCAAAGAAGGAGCUGUUUUGAAAAGUGAUUGUCUUGGUUUUGAUUGGUUUCUUUCUUCUUUUUCUACAAUUGGAUUAGCGUGUUCUAUUGUUUUGCUUAUUAUUAAACAUUUAGUAAGUUACCUUUAUCUAAAAAAAAGUAUUAGGUAAUGUGCAGUUCUGAAAAUGCAGUAUCUAACCAACCAGUAUGUUUCUGUUUUAUUUUUAGAACAAGUGCACCUUUGUUAUAUACUUAUUAUAUUGGUACCAAAUACAAAAGAAAACUAUAGUUCUGUGACAUGUCCUCCAAACUGUAUAUUCUUGUUCUGACUUUCCAGCUGUUGAUAUAAUGGUUGCCACUGGCUGAGGAAGUCAGUGGUGCAGGCCUGGCUUCUGUUUCUGGAAGUGUUCUUUUGUAUUUUACUCUGUAGUAGACUAUUAUAAAGAGAUGACACCCACGUUUCCCUUUUUCUUUUGUGAAUAACAGAAAUGGCCACAACAGAAAACAGCUAAUGGAUGUGCAAGAAUGCCAUCUAUUAAAAUCAUGGCUAAUAUUUCAGCAGUGCCUGUAGUUUUCUGCAUGCAGUUACCACCUGGAGGCAGUGGUGUGUGUGCUUGCUUGUACUGUAUGUGUUGGGGGAAAGACUGGUGGAGAUGUUGGGCAAUUUGGAUGACAGGACAUGCAAAUUUCCAAGUUAAAUCAGUAAAUGCUUACAGUAUAAAAAUGUUUACAGCUUGUUUAGUUACAACUCUGUGCCUGCAUCUGAUAUACAGCAAUGGAGGAUCUUUCUUCUUUCUAAGUCUGACCUAAUUGACCUCCAUGAACACAUAGAAAAUACUGAGGAAAAAAGAAAGUGGGAGAGAAGGUAAAUCUUUUGUCCUCUCUUCAAAUGUCAGAUAAAUGCAUUUAUGUUAGACUCUGAUGCUGGGUGUAAAGCAGUGGGACCCACACACUUAUCCCUCUCCCGAGUCACUAGUUGCCCUCAAUUCACUGUCCUGUUUCAGGUUGUAUAUGCUUAUUAUACAGAGAAACUAUUGCCUCUAAUGUUUUUGGAUAUUAUAAAGUUCCCCAAGCUCAGUCUGUAUCUUUAUGAAAUAAGUUAAUAAGGUUGGUUUCAGUCACCUGAGUCCUUUUCUGAAGCACAGGACAUCAUGUAAGCAUGCCAUGUUGUGUCAUUAGGAAGACCGGAUAUAAUACCUGGAUAUAAUAUGUUAAAUAAUGAACCAGAUUCUCUCCAGUGCCUUAGUCAUUUCCUAGUAACAGGUCAGAGCGCAUUCACUCCUUCAGGCUACCAAGGAACGGGACAGUGUAUCUGAGCUCUACCCUGUACAACAGAAUGACUAAGGCACUGUGGAGAAGAAUGUCCAUUAAUCUCUUUAACUUACCCUCAUCCAACUGUAUCUCUUAACACCUUCUUACAGAAUGGCUUUUGAAUGUGAAAUCUGAAUAGAACCAGGGACCCAGAAAGAAGGAAAGCUUCAUCAUUUCAAUGAGCUCUACUUAAGUGUGUAGAUAUUACUUUCUUCCCAUUAUUCGGUGCACUUUUUUUCUUUACAGUAAAUAUUUUCCCAUUUUAUUAAAGCAAUAAGAUAUUCUUUUUUGAGUAGUGCUAGAUGCUGAUUCCACUUCCUUGGUGCUGAAGCAACUCAUGUGUUCCUGCCUUAUGAAUCACAGUGCAUUCAAGGCAUGCAAUAAUAAUCCCCUUCCAAGAAGCAGCCUGUACACCCUAGGGGGCAAUGUCCUACAUCCUUUUCCAAAAGAGAUAGAACAAGAAAUGAGCGAAUUAUGUGUAUUUUUUUAAAAAAGUCUCGAUACCUCUAACCAUAAGCACACAUCUGUAAUGUGCUAUUAUUGUGCACCUUUAACUGUUUAUGCCUUUCCCCAUCAAUUGACUAGGGUUUAAUAUUUUAAUAGUGUCCUGUGUAAAGAUGAUGCAGCUUGUUAAUCACGUUUCAUACUGAGUUUAAUAUGCUGUGAACCUGGUGGUGUUGCACAAGAUUUCUGUGAGCUAGAAUGAGAAUUACAUGAAAUUCUAGUAGAUCAGACCCCACACCAAAUUAUUGCAAUAAGCAUAUGACAAUGCAAAUUUCUAUAGACUCUGUUUAGAUCGCUACUUAGUGAGCUCAGCUGACCCAUAUGACAUUCAAGAUUUCAUUUUUAUGAAAUAAAACACAAUAUGGAAAUAUCUAAAUUUACUCUAAGGAUUUUAUUUAUUGAUGUCCAGUCAAACUAAUUGCUUCAACCCUCUAUAGAUACAGCUCAACUCCUGCACUUGCUAUUCAGUAUUAAUAAAGUAGCAUGCUUGAUUCUUACUGUUUUAAAAAAUGAGAAAAUAAGAAAGAGAAUGCCAAUAUGCCAACUGUAUGGGACUCUGACUCUUGAAGAUGUAGAUGGAUAUAAUCUUUAGAAUUUAUAUACACCCAUAGAUAUGUAUUUAUAUAUGCAUACAUUUUGUACAAAUUUACAAUGAAAUUUUUGUAUUCUCUUUUCUGUCAUUAUGAGUAUGAGACUGAAACCAAAUAGUUGUUCCAUCCUCUGAUCCGGAGAGGGUCUGAGAAGUCAGGUAAAUGCAUGUACUUGUUUCUUUGGGGGUCAAAUUGGAAUGACUUUCUCUUUAUUUAAUGGAAGGGGAGAGUCUUCCUCAGCUUGAGAAAUUGGUAAUUAGAUAAGCUUCCUUUCCUAUAUUAGUGACUCAAAUGUAGCAAUGGUAAUGAAGUUAUGACCAUAUCAAUGUGGUCCAGCUAUCUAGGUGGAAUAAAAAAAUCCAUCUGAAAGAGCUCUGGAGCCAUCUAGACCACAAUCAUGGAUUGCCAUUUGAAUUUUCUUUUUCAAUUUAUAUGUUGUAUAAAAUACAACAUAUAUAUGCGUAUUUAAAAACAAAAUGAAAAUAUAUUAUUUGUUUAGUUUGACAAGCAGCUUUUUGGAAAAUGUGGACAAUUUAGCUUUAAACAUUACUUUGGCUUUUGACUUUAUCUCCCUUCCUAUCUGUAUCCAUUGAAUUGAUUAGAUAAUGACUAAAACUUCUUUUUUUUUCACUGCAUAGGCAUAGGCUUUGAGUGCUUUUCUGUGGGUAGUGGCUGAGAAAUUACUAAUGAUAUUAUCGGAGAGCUAUGGGCUAAAUUAGAACCAGAAACUUUAAUUUGGCUUCUAAGGCCCACUCUCAGGUGAAUCUAGGCUUAGAAUCUGAAAAGCCACUUGUUCCUGUUUAAAGCAGUGAUUAUGGCUCACAACUGUUACAGUUCAUGUAAGAAUGAAUCGCCGCAUCUACGCAAGAAGUAUUUUAUCACUGGGAUGAGUAUAAAUCUUAUUCUGGCUUGUUUUUCUUUCCCUUAUUUGGUAACAUUUGAGAAGCAGAUAUGGCUUGGCAUCAGUGUUUAUCAAUGCCACCAACCUGAUGGUACCACUGGUGCCAUGUAGGAAUGUUUAGUGGAGAAUAAGAACUGACUUAGCUUUAAUUGGGGGACAAUGAAUUAUUCAAGUUAUUUUACCUAUUUGAGGCAGUAUUUUUCACAGAGACUCGUGAUCUCACAGGAUUGCUGCUACAGAGAGGUUAACAACAGUGACAGCACCCACAGAAAAAAAAUGAUUUUUGAACUUGAGUAUAUCUAAUAGAAUAAAAACAGGUACUAGAAUUCAUAAAAAACUUGUUUUGCUUUUAUAUCAAUAAAAGAGUUUUCUUGUUAA